AUGAGCACAGCAGUCACCAGAGCAGAGACACAGCUCAGCUUAGUGGAAAUGGAGGACCAGACAAUACUAGACAAAACACCGGCAGAGGAGCUGAUGGAGGUGGGUGUACAAUCUGAAGAUCUGAACUCCACCCACAGUGACACGAGGCCUAUGGCUCACAGCAGGGAUCCCAGAGGAAUCAACAAGAGUCUUAAGGUCACGUUUGAAGAUGUGAUUGCAGAGCCUCCCUCUGUGCGGAGCUUUGAUAGAGUGUGGCUGUGGAGUCACGCCCUGUUUGAGGUGUCCAGACUGUGGAUCUACCGCCUCAUCUCCCUCCUUCUGGCUGUGCCGGUCUCACUGGCAGCAGGGAUCCUCUUCGCCGUGCUCAGCUGCCUGCACAUCUGGUUAAUCAUGCCCUGUGUGCAGCUGCUUCUCAUCAACAUGCACUGGGUUCAGACUGUGUGGGGCAGCAUACUGAACAUUCUCAUCAGCCCCUUCUUUACCAGUGUUGGAAAAUGUUGUGGUCGAAUCAACAUCCAUCUGGCACAAGAUGAAGAAAGAAAAACACAUUGUGUGUAAAUGUUUAGUUAAAAGUGAGAAAAUCCUGUGAGAAGGUGUUAAUUGAUUUAUAAUCAUUUAUAAAUAAUGAUUUGUGUUCGGUCAUGCUAG